AUGAGUGAUAAAACAGAAAUAUUAUUUUGGAAAGUUUUUAAAAAUCAAUAUUUAUUCAACAAGAUAUUUAAUCAAAUUCACAACAAUGAAUGGAUUGAAUAUGAUGAACCAAAUAAAUAUAAUGUUUACAAUAGAUGUAAAUUUGGAGACACUCACUCUUUGGUAAUAAUGAUAAAAAAUGAUCUACUCCCAUUAAUUAAAGAUAAAAUCAAACAUGGUGAUCAUAUAGAAAUUAAUACUUUUUCAAUAAAAGAUCUUUUCUCAAAAUUAUCAACAGACCCAUUAAUUGAUAAUAAAAAUAAAAAUAAAAAUAAAUAUAAAGAUGAAGAUUAUUUAGAAAUUAUUGAAUUAUUAAUGAAAAAUAGAAGAGAUGAUUUUGAAAUUACUGAUUUAAUAUGUAUAGCAGCAGCCACUCGUUCUCCAGAUGUUAUUAGAUUAUUAGUUAAUGAACCAUAUUCAGUUGUAAUUUAUCCAAAAAUAUUUGAAUUUGCAAUUAUGUAUUCAAAUUUAGCAACAAUCAAAGAACUAAUAAAUUUAGAAUCAAUAAAUUUUAAAAACUAUGGUAUUAAAUUAAUCAGUGAAGAAUUUAAAAGAAAAUCAUUAUCAUUAGCAGUACAUAGAACAACUCUUAAAACUACAAUCACUGAAUACAUUUUUAAUAACCCAUCAUUAUAUUCAAUACCACCACCAUUAUCAUUAUUAAAUAAUCAACAAAAACAAGAGCAACAAACACAAUCAACAAAUAAAAAAUUAAAAACAUUUGAAACUUUACAUCCAAAUUUAAAAAAUAACAGCAAUAAUAAUAAUAAUAAUGAUAAUGAAGAAAUAAAGUACGAAUAUAUUAAAUUUAAAGAUUUUAUAAAAUUAAAAUCAAGUAAUUUAUUAAAAUCAUUUAUGAAAUUAGAUAUAGUAGUUUUAAGUGAAACUAAAACAAAUUUUAAUUCAUUUCUUAAAAUGUAUCAUCCAUAUGAAAGAUUACAAGUUGGUAUUAAAAUUAUUCUAAAGUAUGAUAAUACAAUUUCAGAUAUAAAAAAAAGAGAAGAAAUUUUAGAAGAAAUCAAUAAAAUUGAUAGAAGUAAUGAAACAGGUUUUAAUAAAUUAAAAGAAUUGAGAAAAUUAGUAGCAAUAGAAUUCCCAAAUCAAAUAAACUUUUAUUUCUUUUAUUGGAAAGCAUAUCGUGAGAAAAUUAAAAAACUUGGUAAAGUUCCUUAUAAAUCAGGUUCUCAUAUUAAUACACAAACUUUUGGACACCUUCUUUUACAAGAUGAAUUAACCAAUUAUCAAACCAAUACUCAAAAAGGUGAUAAAAAUAUAGAACAAGUAGAAUUAUUAUCAUAUAUUACAUAUUCAGAUAGUGAAAGUGAAAAUGAAGUCGAAGAAGACACAAUAAUUGAAAAGGAAUUAUCUAAUUUCUCUAAUAGAUUUAGAAAUGCAACAGUUUUUGAUAUAUCAAAUAGGUAUUCAAAUUUACUCAAUUCAUAUUUAAAAGCAAUUAAAGAAUGUAAUAUUGAAAAAUUAGAAAGGAUUGAUACAAAUAAUCCAAUGUUUAAAUUAGAUGUUUCAAAAUAUCAUUGUUUUCAAUUACCAAAUGAAAAAGAAGAUAUAAUGAAAAUUUGGGAAUACUUUAAUAAACACUCCUUUAAACAAAUGAUACCAAAUUAUGAUAUUCUCAUUGAAUUCCUUUCAAGUGUAACAAAUAUUAUUCCACCUUUUGAAUUGAAAAUUUCAAAUAUUAAAGAGCCACUAUCUGGUAAACUUGGAACAAUUCUAUUAUGGCAAUUAUAUAAAAAGAAUUUUAAUAUAACGGAAUUAUUAUUAAAUAGUUUUGAUAAUUUUAAUUUUAUAUAUCAACCAGAACAAAUGUCAGCCAUGGUAGAUAAAGAGAGAGUUUUAUUUCUUCGUAAUGGUGAAUUAUUCCAAAUUGAUAAAAAGUUUAGUUUUCAAAUAAUCAGAAUAAUUAAAUUGGUAAUGGACAAGUUUAAUAAACUCACUAAAGAUCAAAUCAAUAUUGAAAAUAUUUCAACAACAACAUAUCGUCUCAUUUUAAAUAAUUUAUACGAUCAAUUACUUAGAGUUAAAGGUUUAACAAUCGAUCAAUUAGAAUAUGUUAGAUCAAUUAUUCCUGAACAAUUAUUUAAUAAUAAUAGUUUUGAAACCUAUCGUAUCUUUUUCUAUCUUAAUAUCAGAUCUUCAAAAUUAACAAAUUACAUAACCAAGAGACCUGGAAUUACAAGUUUUAUUGAUAAUUCAAUUGCAUUCUCUAAUCAUUUCUACAAUAGUACUGAACCAGUUACAAAUGAAAUUAUUGGUUUUGAUUUAAGAAAAUAUUUAAAUUUUGAAUUAUUCACAUAUGAUUAUAUAUUAGGUAGAGAAUCAAAUCGAUAUAGUAGUGGUUUUAGUGGUGGUGGUAGUAGUAGUGGUUAUGAUGAUGGUAGCAAAAAUAAUAAUAAAAAGUACAUAACUCAAGUAGAUACAAUAUUAAAAGAAUUAAUUAAACAAUUAUCAUUCAAUAUUUGUACAAACGUUAAUAAUAGAGAUAAUAUUGUUAAGGGUGAUGAUUUCUUUAAACAUUCAUUAAAUGCAGAUUUAAGAUUCAGUUUAGAUAUUGGUAGAAAAGAUUUAUUUUGGGAAUUAUUAGAUUGGAUUCAACAAUAUAUGAUUAAAAAUGAAAACUUAAUGAAACUUCAAGUUUAUCAAUUUAAUUCACCAUAUGAAUCAUUAUUACCAACUGGUACAAUAUUUUCAAAUGUAAAAAUAAUAAAAAAAGAAUUACCAUCACCACCAAAAGCAGCAACAGAAACAAUAACAACAAUUGAAAGUACUUUUUUAAAAAUUGAUAAUUUUGAAAAACCAAUACCAAAUGAAUCAUCAGUUAAAAUCGAUUGGAAUUCAGAUAAAUUAAUUGAAGCAUUCAAACCAGUUUCAAAACUAAUAAAUUCAUUUAAAUAUUCAGAUGAAGUUAUGGGUUCAGUUUGUAAAGUAAUGAAUGUAAAUGAAAUUCAAAGAUUUAUUCAAUAUAAUUUCUUUGAAUCAUUUUUUCAAAAUGCAAUUUAUAAAUAUUCAGUAUUUUUUAGUAGAGAUGAUUUAAUGUCAUUCCUAUUAAAUAAUUAUAAUAUUGAUGUUGAUUUCCCAUUAUCCAAACCAGAUAGACAAUAUUCACAAUAUUUAGAAUGUAAAUCCAUCUUUGAAAAUCAUUUUGAAAAAGUAAAGAAUAUUUCAAAAUUAAAACAGUUCAACAGUCCUUAUUUACAAUUCCCAUUUGUUUUUUUAGAUUCUUUUUUUAAAUACAUUUGUAAAGAAAAUAAUAUCACAACAUAUAAUCAAUUCGUUCAAAAUUAUAAUUUACAAAUUAGAAAACAAAUAAUUAAAGAAACAAUUGAAAUACUAAUUGGUAGAUUCUUAUCAGAUACAAAUGAUGAUGAUGAUAAUGAUGAUUAUGAUGAUGAAGACCCUAAUCAGAAUUUUGCAUUUAUAUUAAAAAAUCAAAAAUAUAAAGUUUUACUCAUUCAAUUAAUUAUUGAACAAUCAGAUACUCAAUUAUACUUUAAAUCAGCUUUAGAUCAAGUUUUAUUAAAAUUAAAAGAAGAUAGAAAAAAUUAUGAAAUUAAUUCUCCAUUCAUUGAAAAUCUUGAAAAUCCAUUCUUACAAGCUUUUAUUAAUGGUGAUAUUAAAACUUGUAAUAUCAUUCUUAAAUAUUAUCCAAAUCAAUUCAAAAUAACAAAAGAUUCAAUCACUGAAACAUUAAAAAUGGAAAAAAUUCAUAUUAUUAAAUAUUUUUAUAAAGUUGAUAAUUGUAAAAAUUUAAUUAAUAAUUUUGAAAAUGAUAAUAAUUUAUUAAAACAUUUAAAAAAUGAAUUAUCAAAACAUCUAGUUUAUAAAUAUCAUUUAACUUGGUUAUAA